AUGGCGGAGUCAUGGAGAUGCCGAAGGUGCUGGAAGAUUUUGAGUGGCAAACAUGCACAUUGCCCUCAUUGCGGCGGCCGCUGGGACCGUUAUCAGGAUACCAGCUUCAUCCCACCGGAAAGACAUACCGAUGCACAAUGGACUCCAAGCCGAGACGAUGCGCAAUGGAGCCAAAGCAGGCGGAAGUCACCGCAUGGGAGAAAUGUGCAAUGGCAAGGCAAUGCAGCCUCCCAACAAAGGGCUGGCACACCCAGAGCCAGAAGUGGCUCAGAACAACAGAGGAGACGCAGGCCACGUGGCAAGAAGAAGCAGGAAAGCAGUUUACCGCAAUAUGCUGCGCCAUCCCUGCCACCUCCGUGGAGUGCAUCCUCCGACCUCACAAAGAAUGUGCCGGCGGACAACGAUGGGGUAGUGAUGACGGUCGAAGAGCGUGCAGAGAUGAUGCAGGCCCUCAAAACCGCCUACAACGACCCGACAGGGAUGCCGGACAAUGUCAAGAAAAUGGUGAAGAAGUACGACAUCAAGACAACGGAGCAGCUGACCAAAGAGAUGCAUCGAACAAGUGCAUCAAUUGGACAUGCCCGGAAGCUCCUUCACCAGCUCCAAGAUGCCAAAACCAAACACAGGAAGUCAUGGCUCAAACAUCUGGAGACUUUGAUGUCCACCCUGGAGAAACAGUUCGAAGCGUUCGAGGUCCAGCAGAAAGACUACCAGGAGCGCAUUCAAACAUCCAGGAAAGAGAUUCAAACAUCCAGAAGGACAAUGCAGAGACUGAAUGCUCAAGCUGCGGAAGCAGCUAUUCCAGAGCAAGUCAUCGAAGAAGACGAUCAGACAGAACCUCCUCUACAAGACUCCGAAGAGGCCGAACUUCGUUGUCAAGUGAACAAGAUGCUGAAGAAAUGUCUCAAGUCCUCAGCGGCCAAGGACAUGAUCGAGCUUCAGUCCGACGACGAAGAAGAUUCAGUGAUGGCAGUGCCUGCGUCCAAGUGGUUCGUCCUGAGCCUUGGCAGUGGCGGCUCGAGUCUCUUCGAGAUUGUGCACCACGUGCCAGACGUCAACAGCGGGCCUUCUGUCGACAGCCUUGCUGAUGCCUAUAGGACCCAAGCUGCCCAAGAAGGUGACGUUCUCUUCGUUUGCGACCUUGUGGAUAGCUAA